GAUGUUUUGGAUGGUAAAUACAAGGACAAAUAUGACCUACUCUACAUUGUUGAUUGCCGAUUUCCAUAUGAAUUUGAGGGUGGACAUAUCAAGUCAGCAGUCAAUGUGAACACAACAGACAAGCUUGAGGAGUUAUUACUCCAGCCAGCCAUUACCGACAAGCGUGUGCUUUUGAUUUUCCACUGUGAAUUUUCUUGUGAACGCGGCCCUCGCAUGGCUCGUCAUCUUCGCAAUCAAGACCGUGAGGCGAAUGCUAUGCAUUACCCCGCAGUUUUUUAUCCUGAAGUGUAUGUGAUGCAAGGCGGCUAUUCUGGCUUCUUCAAGGAGAAUAAGUCAUACUGU